AUGAGGAGGAUUUGGAACGCCGCCAGCACGACGUCGACGCUCGUAUGGCGCGUGCUGACGCAAAUGACGUGCACGGCAAUUGGAGUAAUGCGUUCGCUGCGAGGUGAUUCCAUGGGGUCAGGAUGUGAAUUCUUGGCGAAAGCUGAGUCAGAUGCACUAAAACCCUCUUACGGUUGUAAAAUGUUGACAGGUGAUGAGGCCGGUCCAGUUCUUUCCAUGGAUUCUUUCUUCCGCUGCUAUUAA